GAACCCGAGCGGCGGGGCUGACCGCGCCCGCGGCCCGCGUCCGUCCGUCCCUCGGUCCGUCCGUGCGCCCGCGCGCGCCGCGGCCGGGCCUCGGGGCGCGGCGGGGGCGGGGCCGGGCGCGCGGGCCCCGCGGGGGCGGCGCGUGGAUGGAUCCGCGCGUGGCCUGGAUCCAGCCCGAGCAGAAGGGGCCCGCCAAUGCCCUGUGGAUGCAGAUCUGGGAGACCUCCCAGGGCGUGGGCCGCGGCGGCUCGGGCUACGCGUCCUACUUCUGCCUCAACUCGCCGGCGCUGGACCCCGCGGCCGCGGCCGGCCUGGGCGGCCUGGCGGGCCCCGCGCGGCCCCCGGCCGCCUCGCCCCCGCCGCCGGGUCCCGGGCCCGGCCGGGCCGCCCCCGCGCUGCCCCCCGCGCUGCUCGCGGCCCUGGGCCCCGCGGCCGAGGGCGGCCGGCGCCUGCACAAGUCGCCCUCGCUGUCGUCCUCGUCGUCGUCCUCGUCCAACGCCGAGUCGGGCGCCGAGAGCCCCGGCUUCUCGUCGUCGUCCUCCAGCAGCGCCUCGCUCAGCCGGGCGGGCGGCGGGGGCCGCGGCGGCGCCUUCUUCUCCUUCGCCGACGGCCCGGCCGCCGCCCCCGGCGCCGCCAACGGGCACUCCGCGCCGCGCGGCCCCGCGCCCGCCGGCUCCCCGCCGCAGCACCAGUUCCACCCGGGCCGCCGGAAACGCGAGAACAAGGCCAGCACGUACGGCCUCAACUACCUGCUGUCGGGCAGCCGCGCGGCCGCGCUGGGCGAAGGGGGCGGCCCCGAGUCCCAGGCGCCGCGGCCCGGCACGCCGUGGAAGAGCCGCGCGUACAGCCCGGGCAUCCAGGGACUUCAUGAGGAAAUAAUUGACUUUUAUAACUUCAUGUCCCCUUGUCCUGAAGAAGCAGCUAUGAGGAGAGAAGUGGUUAAGCGGAUUGAAACUGUUAUUAAAGAUCUUUGGCCAGCAGCUGAUGUUCAGAUAUUCGGCAGCUUCAGCACAGGCCUCUAUCUUCCAACCAGUGACAUAGAUUUAGUGGUCUUUGGAAAGUGGGAGCGCCCUCCUCUACAGCUGCUGGAACAAGCCCUGCGGAAGCACAACGUGGCCGAGCCGUGUUCCAUCAAAGUCCUCGACAAGGCGACAGUCCCUAUAAUAAAGCUCACCGACCAGGAGACCGAAGUGAAAGUGGACAUCAGUUUCAACAUGGAGACGGGCGUGCGGGCAGCCGAGUUCAUCAAGAACUACAUGAAGAAAUAUUCCUUGCUGCCUUACUUGAUUUUAGUAUUAAAGCAGUUCCUCCUGCAGAGGGACCUGAACGAGGUUUUUACAGGUGGAAUCAGCUCGUACAGCCUAAUUUUAAUGGCCAUCAGUUUUCUACAGUUGCACCCAAGAAUUGAUGCCCGGCGAGCUGAUGAAAACCUUGGAAUGCUUCUUGUAGAAUUUUUUGAAUUAUAUGGAAGAAAUUUUAAUUACUUGAAAACUGGUAUUAGGAUAAAAGAAGGAGGUGCCUACAUCGCCAAAGAGGAGAUCAUGAAAGCCAUGACAAGCGGGUACCGCCCGUCCAUGCUGUGCAUCGAGGACCCCCUGCUGCCAGGAAAUGACGUUGGCCGGAGUUCGUACGGGGCCAUGCAGGUGAAGCAGGUUUUCGACUAUGCCUACAUCGUGCUCAGCCAUGCCGUGUCCCCGCUGGCCAGGUCCUAUCCAAACCGAGAUUCCGAAAGUACUUUAGGAAGAAUCAUCAAAGUAACUCAGGAAGUGAUUGACUACCGAAGGUGGAUCAAAGAGAAAUGGGGCAGCAAGAUCAACCCGUCACCUGUUCUUGACAACAGGAUUAAGAUAAAAGAGCGGAUUGCUGUGUGCAAUGGGGAGACCCCGAGCCGAGACCCCGAGGCCUCCUACAGCCAGCGCCUGACGCUGUCCCUCCCCAGCCCCCAGCUGCUGUCCUCCGGCUCGUCCACUUCCUCCGUGUCUUCCCUCUCCGGAAGCGACGUCGACUCGGACACGCCACCCUGCACAACGCCCAGCGUCUACCAGUUCAGCCUGCAAGCCUCGACUCCACUGAUGGCCAGCCUGCCCACUGCGCUGCCCGUGCCGAGUGGCAAGGCUCAGCCCACGGCUUCUAGGACACUGAUAAUGACAACUAACAAUCAGACCCGGUUUACUAUACCUCCCCCAACCCUCGGGGUUGCCCCUGUUCCUUGCAGACAAGUGGGCCUUGAAGGAGCUCCGUCUUUGAAAGCCGUCCACCACAUGUCCUCCCCGGCCAUACCCUCGGCGUCUCCCAACCCGCUGCCCAGUCCUCAUCUGUAUCAUAAGCAGCACAACGGCAUGAAACUCUCCGUGAAAGGCUCACACGGCCACAGCCAGGGCGGCACCUACAGCUCAGUGGGCAGCGGUGGUGUGCGGCCGCCCGCGGGCAACAGGGGACACCACCAGUACAACCGCACCGGCUGGCGGAGGAAAAAACACACACACACCAGGGACAGUCUGCCGGUCAGUCUCAGCAGAUAAGGGUGCCUGCUGCAGCCAUGCACUGACGGACGCCAAGCGGCCGGGGGCCCCGCAGGAAGCGGAGACCAGCACCCAGCCCGCCAGCCCGCGGGGCCCCGGCGCCCGCGACGAUCACUCUGCAUGUCUCUGUGUGUGGUGGUGGUCACGUCCAUGCUCAAGAACAGCUCGUCGUGCUCAUCUGUGAAGCCUUACUCAGCGCGGACGUCGUCGUCUUCCUUCCGGGAUGGCCUGUUCAGUGCCGAAGCAGCUCUGGGUCAGGCACCGCGAGGACGUGGCGUGCGUGUGCGCUGCUGCAGUCACCGUGUCUGUUCCUUGGCGGUUUGGGUAUUUUCGUUCUGUGUUUGUCAGCACAGCAGAGGAGAUUGAACCCUUUGUGGUUUCUGUCCGCGACAGAUAGGGUUAGGAGGUCAUGAUUAUUUUACUGCCCUCAUAUUUUUGUUUCAAAUUUCAGAACUGUUUUUUCUGUGUAAAUAUUGAGAAUGUAUGAUUUGUGCAAUAACUCAGAUAUUUUUUAUUUAAUUUCAUAUUUUCCAAUAAGUUAUAUUUAAAGGAGGAGGGAAUUUUUUUAAACAACCUUAGGUCCUUUCCCAAGUUGCAUUUUCUAAGUUGGGUUCAUUGUGUUGGCUGGUCGUCUGAUGAGCAUCGUUACAAACAUCAUAAUAAGGUUUUUUUCCCCCCCAUGUCUUUUCUUUUGGUCAGACGUGCGGCUUCUCAGCUCAAGGUGAAGGAGCAGAGCUGGCCUUACGGUGUUACGAAGGGUCUCUGCUCCACAGCCUGUGGACAAACUGCCCUGGCCUACCCUGCUGUCUUGCUCUGACCACAGAGUUUUAAUGUUUUUGGUUUUGGUUCUUUUAAACUAGACAACAAAUCCAGCAUUUAAAGUGCCAGAAGUAAAACUUUCUAAGGGGAGAAAAGGUUGUCGCAUUAUAAAAUCUUAAAACAACACAAAAAAAUGUGAACUUGGAAAUGCUUCAGUCAUUUUUAGCAACAUAACCUGUAAUGGUGGAUCUGGUGAAUAUCAUUCCGGAAAAUGGUGCCCAGUUUUAGGAAGGUGGAGAAAGGAAUUCUGUUGAUUCCAUUCAGGAAUCUGUAUUGCAGUGUGCGUUCGUUCUGUUAAGAGCAAACUUAGGAAAAGUGCCCAGCUGCUCCGUGCACGUGGGGCGGCGGGAGGGUGGGGAGUUCCCCGCAGGAGAGCACAGCCCCGCGCGGCGCUGCCUUCAGAUCUCACAGGUAUACUAUGCAAGUGUAUUCUGCCGUGACAACCACUGUCUCUGUUACCCUUUUUUUUUGAACAAGAAUACAUCCAUCCUCCCUCGCCCUGAGUGCUCGGCGCACCACGGUUUUCCCGGGAGCUGGCUGCAUCUCUGGGUCCUCCAACCCCCUGUUUGUAAAACAAGGGGUUUGGGGCCUUCUGAGCUCUACAGGUAGGUUGGUGUUUGAAGUUUACUAGCGGAGAAGGUUGAGAUGGAAAGCUUAUUCCCACAACUUCUAACUGAUGGGCAGAAGUGGGGACUUGUAGAGUUGGUGUCUGAAUGGGCUGAGCGCCCGCUCAGGGGAAGCUCUAUGCGCCAGGCCCCUGCCCGCGGAGCAGAACUGGUCCACGGGGCCCUCGGGAGCCGUCGGCCGCGACUGCAGGGUUUACAGGACGCAUUCCACGAUAGAGUAGCACAUAUUUUGUCUGCAGUUCUUGAUGACCGAAAGUUAUCAGAAAUAUUUAAAAAUAUUUAAAUUGUGAACCUAUCAAUAAAUAUUUAUAAAAACUGAUACGUAGGCCUGUACUAAUCUCCACGCAUUAGCAAUAUUGACUGUAAACCUCCUUUAAGGAAACCUCUGCGGGCGCUUCCCCUGCGGGAAACAGUUCAGGGCGCGAGUCCUCACGCGGGGACUGUCCCGUGUCCGUCCGUCACCGUGAACCAAAUGAAUUGGCCCGGCUGCCACUGCGGCCACGUGCUACAGGCUUAACAAAAGAGAUCAUGUUUUGAUUUUUUUUGUGUGGACAACAAUGUGGAAGCUAAAAUUGACAUAUUUUUAUGUAAAGUUUUUCUAUUCUUUGAUUUUUAAUAAACUUUGGAAACCA